AUGAGCAACCAAAUCUCACAACUGACCGUACCAGCAUUAGAAUAUGUAGGCAUGAGUGUCGCUAUUUCUGCAACAACAGUAACAACAACGUGUUGGAUCCGUCUCGAGAACAAGCUGGAUGCUGAAGAAUUAGAUAUUGUCGCGCAAACUGCCUCCAGGCUGAAUUUACACGCUCUGAAAACAGCUGCUAUUCAAAAACUCCCCGCUCUCAAGGAUCUUACGCCGGGAGAUCUCGAAGUCUUUGCCAGCGGCGAUCUCACCAAACCUCUCCUACCUGACACGCGUCUUAAUUCUCUUGUCGUAACUGCUGCGUCUCCGCUUGUAAUUCGCUAUCCGUUGUCAAAUGAUAAAAUCGUCGCGCGCAUCAGCUUUCUUAGAUCUUCGUUCGACACUAUGGUUCUUCAUACCACUGGUGCCUGGUUUGUUUUGCGAGCCGAAACCAAAGAAAAUUUCGACCAAUUGCAAAAUGGCGAUUUCUGCUUCGUGGCCCAAAACAACAAAACAAUCAGUAUCGAUAACGCUUUCAAGUUUAACAGUCUGGUGGAUGAUAUCAAAUCGACAGAUCAAAAAUGCAGUAUUAAUUUUUCGGUCCAGCUUAAAGGGAAAAAGGCCUACGGUGACUGGUUAGCAAAAGAGGUACUGGCCGAUAUUCUGCACUUACCGGGAACCUUCACCAUUGACAAAUUACCAACAUUUGACAUAGAAAACCUCCCCGAUGAGGUCCCAUUGACCCCCGAACUUCAAUCUCGCUUUGUUAACACGCUUGACCUUACUUCACGCUCGUUCAGAUAUAAAUUCAUCAACGAAACCAUGGCGCGUUGUUACAUUAAUCCAUUUAUGCACACGGCAGUUUGUCAUGUGAUGUCUUCUCAUCCAUCACUAGUUCUUAGUGUGGAGCAAGACUUUGAUGGAAGUCGGGGCUACGGGAAUCUAGACUAUGUAGUGUUCUGCUAUGAACUCGUGAUUCUGGUGACUGAAGCUAAAUUAGAGAAGAUGUCGCAAGGGCUGACUCAAAACAUUGUUCAGUUGCACACUGCUGCCGAGCAACUGUUGGGAAAACGAAAGCGUGAAGAGCCAAGUCAUGACUUUGAUGAAUGCAAUACUAUAUAUGGAAUAGUAACAACUGGACGCGUAUGGCAAUUUGUUCGGUGGACUGGCACUCCUGACAAGCCCAGGGUGGAAGUGUCCAGGGAGUACAAUGUUGCUUUUGAAGGCGACAUGUCACAACCAAAAAAAGUCCUCUCCUUUAUCGUCCGCCUACUCCAGUCUCAAGCCAAAAUGAUGAAAUCCGAAGUUGAGAAAACUAAAGACGAAUCAUGUGACGAAGAUCAACGAAGCUCCUGA